UCACAGCCACAUAUAAACCUUGGGCAACUGUGCAGGAGUACUCACAAAGGACUGAAGACCAACGAAUCGGAGAGGCUGCCUGCUUAAUGCACAGAAAUAUGGCUGUGAAAACCUUGUCAGUGUGGCUGUUCCUCGUGGGGACGUUGAUGCCUCAGCACUGCUGCCAGCACUGGUCAUAUGGACUAAGCCCAGGAGGGAAGAGGGAACUGGACAGUCUUUCUCAAACUCUGGGCAAUGUAGUUGAGGAGUUCCCUCGUGUGGACUCACCUUGCAGUGUUCUGGGUGGUGCAGAGGAAUCACCUUUUGCUGGAAUUUACAGAAUGAAAGGAUUCCUUGACAGCAUCACUGACAGGGGGAACGGACGCAGAACAUAUAAGAAAUGAUGAUUACUCUAUUUUUAAAUAAGUAAUUACAAUAGCAAAACAAUUAUUGCUCUUUACUUCUUCAUGUUUUAUCUCCCUAUUCAUUCACACCAUCCUCCCUUUCCUAUCUUUUCUGUCCCCUUCAUCCUUCUCAUCUGUUUCCCUCUACUUCCUCCUUUUCGCUACCUCUCCUCUCUUUUUAUCCUCACUCAUGGGGGAUUUAAGUUUGCCCGCAUCUCUCUAACCUUUUCUUUCUUCGUCUUUCUGUCGGGGCCUCAUUUAUUUCCUUUGUGCUUCAAUCUCUCCUUUAUCUUUCUCAUUAACCUCUAUUGGCUCUGUCUGUAAUUUACAUCUCCAAAUUGCUGGAAUUUAUGCGACUAUCACUCUGAUUUACUUGCUUCCCAUUGUACCCCAUCUCCCCUUUCACCACUUCCUCUUCCUUUCUUCUGACCUUCCUCUUCAUGUUCUUGUCAUAUUCCUCAUCACCCCUCCUGUUCUUCACACUCCCUCCAUCGUCUUAUCUCAUUCUCUCUCUCAUCCAACCCCUCACUCCAUCCUUUGCUUUCAAUAUUUUGUUACUCACUAUCCACCUUCAAUGUAAUUCCUUUUCUUAUAGCCUUCCUGUAUCGUUCCUAUCCUUUAGCUCUGCUUUCUCUGCUUUUUUCUCCAUCUUCCUCCUUUACUCAUCCUCUCUUCAUCUGCCUUCCUUUACCUGUCUACCCUCUCCCUCUUUACCCUCACCUUAAUGGCCGGCACAGUUGCUCUGUGCUUAGCACUGUCGCCCUAAAGAACGAAGGCCCUGAUAUCUUAUUUACUUUUCAUGUCUGUGUACGGUUUACAUGAUUUUGCUCCAGCUUCUUCCACAAAAAAAAGAAGGAAAACAUGACCUGUGCCGUUUAAAUUCAAUU